CGGUCUGUUCACUCUGUUCUGUUGUGUCAAGUUUGUAUGACAAAUAUUGCAAAUGGCUUCUUGUUCUGAUACUUUAUCAGACUAAAUGUUCAUGGAUAGGGAUGGAGAAGUUCGCAGUUGAUUUAGAAAAAGUUCUUGAUGAGUUUGAAUACAACGAAGAGAGAGAAGAAAAUGUUUCUGCACAAUCAAUCAGAAAUUCACCCAUGCCACACUUGGGUAUUGGAGCUUUGAGACAAGUUCCACCUGUUAGGCCUCCAGCUGCCAGUUACAGACGACCAUCAUUUGAGCCUAUAAAUCUUGCUGAUGCUGAUUUUGCUGCAUCUCCUCCAAAAUCCUCAGGCCAAAGUUUCAGCCGUGGAAUAUCGGGGAAGAAAAAUGAAACUGAAGGAACACUAGCCUUUCUUAGUAACAAAGCGCAGUCAAACAAUAGGAACUAUAUUCACACAGAAGAAAAUGUAGUAUCAUCUAUAAACAAUGAAGUUAACAUAAACAAGCAAUUAUUAUUUGAAUCAGAAGAUACAUCAUCAUCAAGUAUCUGGCAAUCAAACAAUUCUUUAUCAAAUGAUGAAAAACCAGAUUUGUUAGAAUAUAAUUUGAAAAAUGCUGAUAUUGAUUCCAACAAUGAAGAAAUUAAUAAUCAGCUUCCAGAUAUAACUACUUCUGUUAGGACUUCAACUCAUGGUGUCAACAAUAAUGAAAUUGAUAAAUUAUCAAAUUCAUUAGAUCUUAUUUCGUCUGCUAGUGGAUUAUCAGGUAUAGAUGAAUUUUAUCAACACGAGGUUGAGUCUGAAAAAGAUGAAGCAAAAGAUGCAGAAAUCAGUCCCGAUUUAGCACAAAUAGUUUUAUCUCAUGAUUUAGAAAAUCACUUAUCGGUUAAUGCGACUUUAAAAGGCAAUGAAAUUGAAGAAAGUAGCAAAGAUCUAUUGCCUUUUAGUGAGCCUGAUUUAAAUACUUCAAAUAUAAUUAAUUCAGAUAAAGAAGAUAUAACAAGUUUAAACAAUCCAGAAAGCUAUAAUGACUUACAACAGAGUGAAAAAAUAGGUAACCUUCUGGAAACAAAUUCAAAUUUUGAGAAAGAAGGCAAUAGUCAAUUGGAAAAUGAUUUGGUAUUGUCUAAUGAAAUUACAAAUAACAUUGAGAACAUCCUUCCACAGGACAGUGUGGUUGAAGAUGGAGUGACAAUAGAUAGUAUUGUGAAUUUGGGUUUUCAGUCAGAUUUACCAGAGAUCAAAACACUUAUUGGGUUUAGUAUUGAUUCUGAGCUGUCUGAAAGUGAAGUAGAACAGUAUUUGAAGGAGCUUGAGGAAUUGGAAACUCUUACUUCUGAUAGAGUAAGUGAAUUGGAGGUUAAGUCAGUAAAUGAAGAAAUAGGUUCCAAUAUUGAAAAAAUAUUUGAAACUAGUAGCCAAGCUAGUAUUAUUAAUUUAAAUGAUACAGGCAGUUCAAAUAGUAAUACAAAUAAUAAUACAUGCAAUGAGAGCAAAGGUAAUGAAAUAGAGGGUGAAGAAGAGUUGAAAAAUGACAUAAUUGUAGAUAAUGUUUAUUCUAACAAAGACAAUUUGUGCAGUAGUACAUUAGCACAAUCUGAGUUUAAAGAAAAUAUGUCUGAAGAAGAUAGUGUGCUUCAACAAAAUGCUGCAGUUAAUGCUGACCUUUACAAGUUAACUUAUAAUUUAGAAAGUUUAGAGUACAAUCCAGAGACUACUAACAAUAGUCUUACACUUUCUAGUUGUGAGGUAGAUGAAAAAUGUAUAGAUACUCCAAGUUCGAUUAAAAGUACAAAUCAACACCAAGAGGAAAAUAAAAAGGAACAGAAUACAACUAAAGAAAUAAAAAGUUUAUCAACAAACCCUUUUGAUGAAGAUUACAGUUUAGUAAGCAAUAACGAGGCUGAAACGAAAACUACAAAUCCUUUUGAAGUUGAUGAUAACGAGAACAGUAAAAAAGAUAAUGAUGUGGAACCAUCUAGGACAUCAAAAGCAAUCAACGAUGAAGUUCAAUUGAGUAGCAGUGAUAAAACAAAUCAAACUGAAGCAUCUAAUCCUAGUAACGUACCAGUUGACUCGACUGAAAAUACACAAAUGACCUCAGAAACAGAUGUUAGUUCUUGUCUAAAUGCAGACAUCUCAAUAGAGUCUUUUGUUGACCACAGUGAUUCUGUUUAUAAAUCAUUAUCAGACAUACAAGAUUCAACCAGUGAUGUAAGACCAGAAGCAAGAAAUGACAUUCCAGUAGAAAACGUGUCUGCUGAAUGUUUGCCCAGCUGUAGUAGUCUAGAGAGUGAAACUUUGGAUAAAUCAGCAAGAAUGAUAUCUAUUAAAGCAGCUACGGAGUCUACAUCUGCACAAAAUAUAGAUGAAGCUGGAAUCCCAGCUGAAGAAGACAGACCUCUGAGGCCUAGCUCACUUGAACUACCCAGAAAAAUAACAGUCGAAGCUAAUCCAGUCCAGUCUCCUAUUACAGGUGAGCUGGAGAGAGAGUUGGGCCCUGAAGAUCGUCGGUUAGGCAAGAUUCCUCCGUUUUGGAUACCAGAUACUGACACAACCAUGUGUAUGCAGUGUCAGGUUAAGUUCACUGUCAUCAAAAGGCGUCACCAUUGUCGUGCGUGUGGCCAAGUGCUGUGUAACAAAUGCUGUGGAUUGAGAGCUCGGUUGGAGUACAAGAACUUCACAGAAGAGAAAGUGUGUCAGCCUUGUUUUACUAUUCUUGAAGCAUUAAAUGCGGCUGAGGCAACGAGUCCAUUACGUCGGCAGCCCAACCCCAACAAUCCCAUGGAGUACUGCUCUACUAUCCCCCCUCUACAGCAAGCUGCAGGUUCACUACACCAGCCUCCACCAAGCGUCAUGGUCCCUGUUGGGGUUCUUAAAAGAGAAGGGCGGAAAUCUGAUGUAACCAAACAAGUGAUGUUCAGUGAUGGGAUUCGGCCUGGAGGAGACCUUACAGAGCUAGAUGGCUCGGGAGAACCCAGGAUUCCUUUCCGCAGACCUGGCCGUCUAACCAAACGAGUUGGAACACCUCCAGGUGGGAUGAUGUCAUCGUCUAUGCGCAGACUGUUGGACCCCAACACGCACAGUUUUAUCCCUGCCGAGGGUGACAGUUCUCUGCCGCCUGUAGUCAACCGUCUACAAGGCGAGGUUACUUAUUCUGAUUUGGAGUCUCCAAUCAGUCUCAACCAACCUGUUAUCAAGUUUGCCUUGAAUCGAAAUCUAUUUGUUAUUGUCAAAAGGGUAUUGUUGGACUGCUGUGUGAACCGCGAGUGCUGGUGUUUCAGCAGUGAAGGGCUGGCCUGUGUGGGCCAGGAUGAGAUCGUGUUCCUGCUCGAGUGCCUACCUCAAGAAACAUUACCUCCAAAACAUGUAUUCCUUUUAAUCAAUUCUCUUUACCAAGAUGCAGCUAAAGGAUCCACUGUCAGUGAAAUGACGUUCACACCAGCCAUGUCUAAUAACCUGCUGAACUCCCGGGACCAUGGCGGGUUCCUCUACAUCCGUACUUCGUACCAGUGCACGGCCCAGCUGGCCCUGCCCUCUCCACCCUACUUGGUUGCACUUCUCAUACACAGGUGGGAGACACCCUGGGCCAGACUAUUUCCCAUCAGGUUAGUUCUACGAAUGGGUGCAGAGUUCCGCUACUAUCCUUGCCCCUUGGUCUCUGUGCGGGAUCGACCGCCUCUGUACACAGAAAUUGGACACACCAUCAUUAACAUUCUAGCAGACUUCCGUAAAUAUUCCUAUUCUCUGCCAAGUGUAAGGGGCUUAGUGAUUCACAUGGAGGACAGGCAGACGACAAUAAAUAUCCCUCGCAACAGAUAUGAUCAGGUAGUUCGAGCCCUGAACAAUUCCAACGACAGCGUGUUGGCUUUUGGGGCCAACUUGAGCCUGGCUGCUGACUCUCAUCUAGUGUGUAUGCAAAGCACAGAGGAUGAGAAUACCUCCUAUCACACCCAGGCCAUCAACAUACACAACAAGCCACGCAGAGUGACAGGAGCCAGUUUUGUGGUGUUCAAUGGUGCGUUGAAGGUGCCUGGGCUUGCUGGCAAGUCCAGCAUCGUGGAAGAUGGCCUGAUGGUGCAGGUGCCCAGUGAGACGAUGGUAGCACUGCGGACAGCGCUGCGGGACAUGCGAGACUACUCUAUUGGCUGUGGUCCCAACGCAGAGGAGACUGUUGUGUUACAGUGGACUGCAGAUGAUACCAACUUCAAUAUUGGGGUCAAAAGCUGUGUUGAUGGAAGACCUCUAGACGGCGUGCCCUCCAUCCGUGUCCACAAUGGUACUGACUACUCCGGAGGCACCCGCAUCAUCAGGUGGACUGAAGUCUUUAUUUUGCAGUGUGAGGAUUCUGACCACUCUAACGAACCAUUGGACAUCAGUAGACUGUCUGAGUCUAUUGCACGAGCUACCUGCCUUGCCCUAGUGCCUCUGUUGGAUCUGUUGUCAGCAGCCUCGCUCACCACGCUUGCUGUGCGAACCACAAUACACCCGGAUAACGUGGGCUACGAGGCCGGCAGCAACGGUGAGAAGUUGCCGCCCCUGUACAUGAAGAGUCUGGACGAUGAGUUGGUAGCAGUGGUCCACCAAGCUGCUCUUGCUUCCCAAGAGAGUCCUGCCGUUCUAGAACUCAUCUUCAGGAUUAUGGAACAGGGAUAAGUACAGCUGCUGUGUUCUGCAGUAUUGAGUUGACCUAAUAUUUCAAAGAGGCCUAAAUCUCACAUCAUAUACUGUAUAAAUCUGAAGAUGGAAUUAUUCAUCAUAAAAAGACACUUAACACAGUGAAUACAUGCAUAUGAAAUAGUGUAAUUACCUAAAAGGUUAUUUAACUAAACUAGUAAAAAUCAUAUUAAAUUAUGCCUUUAGAAACAAAUUAUUAUAUUGUCAUGCAAACAUUUCCACGCAUCUCUGUCUUGUAAAUGUAGUGAAUGAAUUGACAUAGAGAGAUCCAAUUGUAAAAUAAUUAAAGUUACAGAAUUGCAUUUUUAAAUAUUUUAAUUUUUUACGUAAUAACUACUUUUAGGAACCAAUUCAGUAAAUACUUUGUGCAGCAUC